AACAGACAGCGUUGCUGCAUUACCGGUGUGGUUUUCAAUUUCUUAUCGACGGGAUUUGAAUAGCGGCCGUAACAUUGAGUUCCGGCCGUUGUUUUGCGGUUUUGGUUCGAUCUUUCAUAACAACCGCAAUAAAACAAAAUCAAGAUCGAAAAGGCGAAAACUCAUCCGGGAACGCCGUUUAGAUCUCUUUGUACAUUGUAUUUUCUUUGCAGAUAUCUUUUAAUUUUUUUUGGCUUUUUCGUAUUUAGCGUGUGAAUUUGAAUUCUCGAAACAAUGAAUAUCGCCGAAAGGGGUGAAAAGAUGGCUGUCCGUAAGGGCUAUAUGAAUGAAUGGCAAACUUCUCUCUUGGACGCCGUCAAAGCAGAUUGUGCAUUCUGCAUGCUUGCCGCGUGCUGCUCCCAGUGUGUUUCAUUUGACCUGCGGAAACGAGCACUCCACAAUGAAAUGUCAAGGUACGAGUGCUGUGCUGGUUACAUGCCUUGCAGCGGUAAGUGUCAAGAAGACAAGUGUCCAGAGUUCUGUCUCUGCUUGGAGGUCAUGCUUUGCCUCGGCAACUCAGUUGCGUCGACUCGCUUCCUUCUUCAAGAUGAGUACAAUAUACAGACCACUGAAUGUGACAACUGCCUCAUUUCAUUUAUGAUCAUUCUUGGACAAAUUGCAUGCAUAUGUCGUUUGCUAGCUUCUCUUACCGGAGAUGACGAACUUGAGGACUUAGCAGAGUUAUUGACCUGCAUUUCGGACAUGGUUUAUUGCACGGUCUGCGCUUGUAUGCAGACUCAGCACAAGGUUGAAAUCGACUACAGGCACGGCAUGCCAGGCGGCGGUGCGUCUGCUAUGAUGAUGGUUCCUGAAACGCAGCAGAUGUCACGGUUCGACCAGCCAGUGCCUCCGAAUAUACGACAACCAAUUGGAGUUCCACCUGCACAAUAACCGCCAUACGGCCAAUAUCCUCCCGGACAAUAUCCACCUGGACAAUUUGGACCUCAACAAGGAAAGUGGCUGCAGGCUCCUCCGCCUUAUGGUUAUGGAUAUCCACCGGGAUCACCUCCA